CGUGCUUACGCGGUAACCGGUCGAAAGCUCCGCGGAGCAUGUGAAACACUAAGUGAUACAUGAAUGCGCGUUAUGGUAACCUGUUGACAGUGCUCGUAAAUUUGUUCGCUCAUCCUUAACGGGCGUCAGGAGUUCUUGGAGAUGGCACUGAAGAUGCUCCCCCAUUCAUCAUCAGCCUGUUGAAGCCCCCAGCCUCCAGGAUGCAAUCUAAAAAAUGCUUCCUCACGGAGCCGAGACUAAUCACUCACUCAUCCUGAAUGGGACCUCAUCAUUAUUGGAACUUGGUAUUCUCCUGCGAAGCGACACAGCCAUGCAUCACCUGAAGAAUUACACCCACAUUCUGGACAGUUUCAACAUAACCGAGGAGGACCUCGACUACAUGAACAACUACAGUGCCAAUGCCAUCAACAAUUACCAAACAGUUUGCUACUGCAGUGGAUACAUUCGUCAGCUAGCUCUCUCCUACCGUCUCUAUCACGGAUAUGUUGCUCUCAUCGUCUGCUUAUUCGGCACUGUCGCCAACAUCCUCAACAUCGUUGUCCUCACGCGGAAAGAUAUGGCGGUGGCACCGAUCAAUAGAAUACUCACUGGACUUGCAACAGCUGACAUGUUCGUCAUGGUUGAGUACAUUCCAUUCGCCGUUUACGAGUACUUGAUACUACCUGAGCACCAGAGAUUCCCGUACUAUGGCGCGGUUUUUGUACUCUUUCACAUGCAUUUUGCUCAACUGAUGCAUACCAUCAGCAUCGCACUCACUCUCUCGUUGGCACUUUGGAGAUACAUCGCUAUCAGAUUUCCACAGUAUAACCACGCCUGGUGUACAGCCUCACGCUGCAGAUUGGCGCUGUGGUGUAGCUUCAUAACUCCAAUGUUCGCCUGUGCCCCAAGUUUUCUGGUAUUCGAAAUACACAAGCAGCCGGUUAUAGAGCAUGGUAAGGAGGAGAUACUGUACUAUGUUGAUGCAGCCAGUUACUCGGGAAAGGGCGUCCUGUAUCAGCUUAAUUUCUGGGUGUUGGCAGUGGUCGUGAAACUCCUGCCCUGCCUCAUCCUCACCGUCAUCAGCUGUUGGCUGAUAAAGGCGCUCUACAAAGCGAAGGGUCGCAAGCAAGUCCUCCGUGGCUACAACGCAUGCACGGCGACAACCAAUGGUGCACCAUCCCGAAGACCAUCAAAGUCGGAGAGAAGAGCUGAUCGCACAACCCGUAUGCUAGUAGCUGUCCUAUUACUAUUCCUCGUUACCGAAAUACCCCAGGGAAUACUUGGCCUGCUCUCCGGAAUCCUGGGUGACUGUUUUUUCCGGAAUUGUUACCACAAUUUCGGGGAGAUCAUGGACAUCCUGGCCCUGCUGAACGGCGCCAUCAACUUCAUCCUGUAUUGCUCCAUGUCGAGACAAUUUCGAAUGACUUUUGGUCAACUCUUCAAGCCGAGGAUAAUGAACAAAUGGCAGCCAGCUACGAACCACACAGAGGUUCAAAGUACUUAUGUAUGAUGCAAACGUAGGGUCUGCAGGACUACGAAAGUAUAAAGACCAAUUGGCUUUCUCUUUGAACUGUACUUUUUCAGAGUUUUUCGUUUUUGCGUCAUUCUCUUUCAUGUUGCACCUCUGAAUGUCAUCGGACACAUGCGAAAGGUUCCAGACGAGAGGUGUGUCUUUCACGUCUUGAAAGCCUGUUGCCUAGUUGAUCUAUUCUCACGUCAUAGAGGCGCUCACAAGGACGCCGUCAGACUAGUCUUCCGUUAAAAGCUAUAUAAACGUCGUGGCGUCAUUUCUCGAAAGUUGUGUCACACAUUAAAUAUUACAGUGAAUUGGAUGGACAAUAGAUAUCGGAAGUGACGACAUUAUUGAGCUGUCCUUUUAGUAAUAAUUACGGGAAAAAUGGGAUCGUGGAUCAAAAUUCAAAUAACUUUCUUUCCAUCUUGUGAUAAUUAUAUUAGAUAAAAUUAUUUUAAAUAAAUAUUUUUUUACCGCCCAUUCAAUAAUUUCGUAAAUUUUCUAUUAUUGUACCAUAAUCUAUUUAGUCCUAUUGUAAAUAUUUUCCUGCUCACGUACACCACUGUGCUGAAGUCCAAAAAUUCAUUACAUCAAUUUUUCAUGCGACUGAAAAUAAUGAAAAUGAGAAAGCACCGUUACGUUACGUUACGUUAAUGUUUUCGUCCGCAAUAUCCCCCAGUGAUAUGUCAAAUGUGAUAUUUUGUUGUGAUAUUUGCAAUUUGUGAAAUUCAGAGGUGCAACCACGGAAUAUCAAUGAUAUCCACUCUGUCAAGAUGUCAUUGUACAAGUCCACAUUGACUCUGAUAAUAUUUUCUGGACAGUAAGAAGCCAAUGGCAGCGAACAUGUAGUUGUCUCGAGGACAAAGGAUAUGGAAGAACAGGGAUUGUUAUUUUCCGCGCUUGAUAUCCUUGAGGAGACGCCAAUAUGUAAUAACUUCGUUUGCUGUUUGAGACCCCUUUGUCAUCGGGUUUCAGCGCGUAGUCGGUGGAGACCCUGCUUACAUUUAAGAUUUUUCUUUGUUGCCUUGACAGCGGCGGGACAAUACUUUCGACAGGGGAUUAAUUCCCUUGAGACGAAUAGUUUGGAUAGAAUUAUCUCAUUUGAAAAGUUAGUCAAGUGAUCCUCAUCCCUCCCGAGACGAAGGUGUCGCUAUUCCUCCCAAAUUGUUGUAUAUAGCCGUCGAAAGCAAUUCUCCUCUCGCUGUCAUCACGUUUUGUAUAAAAUUGAGAACAAAAAUUGUAAAAAGUUCGAUGUACACAGGAUACAACCACGCUUCAAUGAUAGAUGUAAGGAUGAGUGAUAUAUUUGUACAAAGAAUAACUGCAUAGUAUUGAAUAUUGUGAUAUAAUGGGGAUAACGGGUACAACUGAAUGAACAUCACCUGGACUUUCCUCCACUGAGCCCAGAGGGAAAUCCCAGUGAUCAGUCUGAGUGAAUGAGUGAUUGUAAACAUGCUCGUGGUGCUCCCACGUUUAAUAAAUGCAUUGAACAAA